AUGCCAGACAAUCGCAUGCUAGUCAGUCAGUAUCUCGACAUCGAGGCCGUCGUGGAUGAUGAUGGGAAGACUGAGGUGAUGGAGGAAGACGAUCAGCCUUUGUCAGAUUUCAUCGAAGAUGGUAGUGUACACUCGGAAGACGAGUCUUCAUCUGUUUGGGCCAGAAUCCCAUCUGACCACGAAGAAGGGGUUCUUGAGAAGGAAAUCGCACGUUAUUGCUCUGUUCGGGCCCCUGAGCUGACGGAUCCUGCAUUGUGGAUGGUGAAGACCAGGCCGAACUGUGCUCUUCGAGCAUUCUGUCUCAUCUUUGGCGCAUUGGCCCCCACAGCGGCAUCUAUAACGCAGUCUGCGGGUCCAUCUGAUCCUAUAACGCAGUCUGCGGGUCCAUCUGAUCCUAUAACGCAGUCUGCGGGUCCAUCUGAUCCUAUAACGCAGUCUGCGGGUCCAUCUGAUCCUGAAGGCUCUGCAGCGCUGCCACGUCGAAGCAUCUCACCGCCAGCGAACCCAAUCAUACAGUCCAUAUCCCUUUGCGAGAAGGGGACACCGGUUCAUCGCACCGAUCGCAUUUACAUUGAAGCGCGGGCACUGGCCAAUGUCGUGCGCGCAUGUUCACUGGCAUCUCAUCUUCUCCUGAGCAUUCAGCCGGUUCAUGUACCAUUAGAGCAGCGGAUUCCCCUCUACAUCUUUGCAAGUGACACCGUCGUGGCGCCUUGCUUUGCUAGAAUCGCAUACGGACUUUACAAGUGGGACCUUGCGUAUGUGGAGGACAUUCAGGGUGCAAUCGUCUGGGCUGUUCCCCGCAUCUCUUAUUCACAAAAGCGAAAGCGGUCGUCACGUCCAGCAGUGCAACUUUUUGACCGCGUGAAGGCUGUGGAAGUGUUCGGCGCCGAAUCCGUCAAGGAAAGGAAACCCGUCGCUGGCACGCUCGAGUUCGGCUUUCGCAACAAGCGAUUCAGAGACCGGCUUGUGCGUCUGAAGUACGACGCUCGUUCACUGGCACCCGUGGUUGAUGCACCUCGUGAAGCCGAGAUCUCGUCGUUUAUGCAUUGCAGCUGGAUCUCGCCGACAGCGCUCAACGGUCUCAUUCACCGAGCGUACAUCGCAAGUCUGGCCAUUGGUGAUUGUAUUCGCGUGAUAGACGGAGAAUUAUCCGGCACAGAAGGAAUCAUACAAAGCGUUACAGAGGACCGUGCUGAAGUGGCAUUCGGUCAGGAUGAUCCUCAAGUAGCUACGGUGCUGUUACGCAGCCUUGAAAGGUUCUUCCACUCAGGUGAUAGCGUGCGUGUUGUGCGAGGUAAUUACCGCGGAGCUAAAGGCUUCGUUUUGACGAGCGAGAACGACAAGGACGAGCUGCGACUACUCAUUCAUAAAAAGAAUCAUGAGAUCGUCGUGAGACCUCGCGAUGUCAUCAAGCACGAGCUGGAACUGCAGUUCUUCACCGCACUGGAAGAGCCAGUGGCAUCAUCAUCACACAGCAGUCUUCAUGAUUCGUCAACAAGCUCGCGCUCCCUGUCCGAGAUACACAGAAAGUACAUCAUGAAACGUGUGACCAUCAUCCGCGGCGGGUACAAAGGCUGGAAAGGAUACCUAACGAAUAUCUGGAAUGACCGUUAUCAAGUCGCGCUGGAUGCUCCUCGCGGUGUUGUAUUAUGGCGCCCCAUGGAAGAGGUUGGCCUGACAAGCGAUAAAGAUGAGAUCACUCCGUUUACGUCAAUCGGUGAGAUGUGGGUGCCGGCUGAAAAAGCUGGUGAAGAUUUAUCGGAAUCGGUUGCAGCUGCGGGGGGGUCAACUCCACCGUGGUCACCCGAUGUUGAGCCUCUCGGUCCCGAAUGGCCUGAAACCGCGGAAGAUUACCGACAGAGAGCAGCAUGGGUAGCAUCGUCUGAUAUUUCAGAUAUAUCGAUGGCCGUCAUGCUGGACCGACUUGCUGCAGAGGCGAGUGGUGCAGAUGCGAGUGAUGCAAAUGUGGGUGGUCCUUCCACCGCUCCAGCUGAAAAGCCUCCUCCACCUGACAGUAAGUUUUCGGGAUCGCGAUGA